AUGGAGUCUUUACCGCAUUCUAAUACACCACCUUCUUUUCGCUCCCGCCGUUCUCAUAUCUCUCUUCAACAUGUCUCACUUGCCCCGUUGACCUCCAGAUUCCCGCUUGAUGAUGAUGAUGAUGAUGGAUCCUAUUUUGACACAUUUCAUUCUCCUCAAGACGAUUCAGAACCCCCUAGACGAUAUGCAUAUAGUCCCCACCCUGCUACAACAUCUUACCUUGCCAGUGUUUCCGUUCCAACAACUCCACCCCUAUUCUCUGACUCUCGAAAUGCGUCGUACACCAAUCUUUCAAAAAGAAAGUCAAUGGCACGUCAGAAGAGCGACACAAACCUGGACAAAAUGAAUUCCGAGCAAAUCCAUCACCAUCGUAGGGCUAAAAGCUACACACAUAGGCCGAAGCUAUUCAGUGCAACUGCACGUCAGGACCCAGAGUGGCUUUUGAGGACAGGUUUGGCGUUAUCAUCGUCGACACGAGAAGAAAAAGGACAGAGCUGGCUCGUGAAAAGAGAUAGUUCAACGAGCCUUGUCUCUGAGGCGAAUCCUGAUGAUGACCUCAGACGUCGCUCGUAUAGCUCGUACCGUGGCCGCAGCCGUAGGCAACGUUCGGGUUUAUCAACACCCAUAGCUCUUUCACGGCGACCUUCCAGCUCUCAUCCUGCCAGCAGAUUCGGCAGUCGAGUAGAACUUUCGAUGACUGCAGCAGCUCUCGAAAGACAAGACCGAGAGGUCAAUGCAUCAGUAACUGAUGAUGCAGUUGAACUUGUCCCAGACUUUGUUGACGAUAACCUACGGAAUGAAAUGUGGUCCUUGGGCCAGACAAACACGGUGGGCCAGCGAGGAGUCCAUGGGAUGAAUGAGAGAAGAUACACAAUUGGGUCACAAAGAAGUUCCACUAUUGACCAUUCGUUUUCACCGUCGGGCUCAGAAUUCUCAGAUUCUGAAACAAACGAGGAGGAUGAGGUGGAUGAGGCUGAAAUGCAACGUCUGAACCGCAACUGCAGUUUGGGCCUUGGUAGAUGGAUAGACAGUCUGGUUGAAUGGACACUUUUUAGCGUCGAGGAGGAAGGCCCCAGAGUAGUUGCUGAGCCUGCACGCCAACAGCGCCGGGUUGGCGAUAUCAUAAUCCAGUAUCAAUCUUUGGAUGAAGAUCACGGGAACGAUUUGAAGCGGGAUCCAGAAGGUUUAGAACCCGCAAGUGAAACAACCUUUGAGAGGGAUGCAGAAGAACUUCUCACCAUGCCACCCAUAGAAAAGCCGGGUGAUCAGGGUGGAUGGUCUGACGUUAGCUGGCUUCUUCGCGUAGCGAAGAGUGUCAUUAUCUAA